AAGUUCCCUACAAGAGACCACACGUCUGAUGGCAACAGUUGUUGCUCACAAGACGAUAAAAGCACUACAGGAUCUGGCAGACAAGAAUACCGGUAAAACAGUCGCAGAUCUUAAUGAGAGAAAAACUGUCGUUCCUUAUGAAAGCUCCAUCAAUAUUGGUUUAAAAAAUAACGGUUUAGUUAUUCUAAAAACAGGUCUCUAUUAUGUUUACACUGGUAUUGGGGUGAAGUUGAUCAUGGGAAAUAACUCGUCUGAAAUAAUUUGCACGACCUUAUUUUACUACCUGUAUCGAGUGAACGCUAUGAUCGAUAUGAUGACCACUGUUCUGGCUAGAUCUCUACAAAUCUGCACUGACUUCAAACAAGAAGAAAAAGUCUCCUACAUAGGUGGUGUAUUUAAGUUAUACUCUGGCGACAAAAUCGAAGUUCAUCUUCACGGUCUUCACCAGUUUAAGCUGAUACCUCAGUCUUCAUUCGUGGGUCUGUUUAUGGUUAAGCCUGAGCCUUGACGUUGAGCAACUAAAAUGUUGAACUCGAUCCUAAUGCCGCAAAAUUUGCUGGCACAGAAGUACGACCAACGUCACAUUCAGAGCGACUGUUUAAGUUAAAGAGAUGCUAAAUAAUCUACCGCAUUAAACGCUUAAACGCAUGUAACAUUUCAAUCUACCACCAUCCCUCAAAUUAUAUUAUCUUUUUUCUUAACUAGCAGUAAAAAAAAAUCCCCCAAAAAAUAUGAUUUUUCAGCAUAUAUAAUUUUUUAAAAAUCUUUACAUUUAUGAUUAUCACUACAGUUUUGAGAAAAUGAUGAUUUAGAUAUUUAUUAUAAUCAAUUAUUAAGCUUUAUAUUAUGUUGACAAAACGUCAUGUAGCUGAUAAAAACGAAACAUUUCUGAUAUAUCUGACGUAAUUUGUGCUACAAAUGUCCAGAAACAAUUGUAGAGACAGAAAUAUCAAAGAUUUCCGUAGUUGAAAUAAGGAGCUCUACUUAACAUUUGUCAACGUUGUUUUUCCUGGUCUUGUUGUAAGCUGUAUAAGACCCUUUUAGAGUGUUUUUG